GUUGUUACAAUAAUCAUUCAAUCGAUAAUCAAUAAAUAAUGAAUCUAUCAUCACAUAGAAAAAUUUUUAAAUUAUCGCUCACUUUGAUCGGAGUGAUAGCGAUUAAUUUGUUCGAAUCGAUUUAUGCUGAUCCUUUUCCUUUGAAUAAUUUCGAUACUAUCGAUAGUGGUGGUGAAAGUGAUGGUCAUCAUACAUACGAUUCGAUUAUGUUACCGAAAAGAUUCAUGUCACCAUCCGCUGUAUCACCAUUAUCAAAAAUUGAUCUUCAUCUAAGUGAUAAUGAAAUUGAACAAGCAUUUACAUUGGGUAAAGAUAUGGUUUAUAGAAAUUGGCGUUUAGAAGAUCAAUUAGUACGUGAUGGUAUAUUUACAAAUAUGAGCCAUAUAUCGGCUGUUAGUCGUCAUCAAGCCGUUACAACAACAUUACCAUUGGGUAAUAUUUUGGAUCAUAAUCAAGAAGUUUUCGAAGAAACAAGUAAAAUUCUUUUAAGAAAUUUGACAACAAAUCUAGAUCCAUAUGAAACAUCCGAAACAGCAAUGGCAUUAUCAAGCGUGCAGUUAAGAUCACCACUAGCAAAAGCUGCAGUUGAUCAUUGUCAACAACAUAUAAUGUGUAAACCAUCACGUUAUCGUACAGCUGAUGGUAGCUGUAAUAAUUUACAAUAUCCGGAAUGGGGAAAAUCUUUCACUUGUUUUCAACGUUUAUUACCACCAGCAUAUGCUGAUGGACAAUCUGAACCAAGAAAAUCUAUUGAUGGAUAUCCAUUACCAAAUCCUCGUGUAUUAUCUGCUGUUGUUCAUCGUGAUUUAAAUUAUCCGGCAACAUAUACACAUAUGGUUAUGCAAUUUGGACAAUUUGUUGCACAUGAUAUUGCAUUUACACCUAGUUCACGAACAAAGGAUGGUAAAAUGAUACAAUGUUGUCCAUGGGGAUCAAAUCGUCAUCCACAAUGUUAUCCAAUACCAUUACCAAAAGAAGAUCCAUUUUAUUCAAAAUUUGAAGAAGAUUGUAUGAAUUUUGUUCGUACAGCUAAAUGUCCACAGUGUAAACUUGGUCCGCGGCAACAAAUGAAUCAAAUUACUGCCUAUAUUGAUGGUUCAAUGAUUUAUGGCAGUAUGGAAAAUGAAUCUCGUGCAUUAUGGACACAAACUGGACCAGCUGGUCGAAUGCAUGUACAAAUGGGUGCAAAUGGUAAAGAAUUAUUACCACAGGCAUUAGAUGCAACAAAUGAUCAAUGUUCAAAACCUGAUCAAAAUAUUUUCUGUUUUAAAGCUGGUGAUAAAAGAGCCAAUCAACAUCCUGCAUUAACAGGAUUACAUAUAAUUAUGUUACGACAACAUAAUCGUAUUGUAAAUGAACUUAAAUAUUUAAAUCCAUAUUGGGAUGGUGAAACACUUUAUCAAGAAGCAAAACGUGUACUGAUUGCACAAUUACAAGCAAUAACAUAUAAAGAAUGGUUACCAUUAAUUAUUGGCCCGGAUGCAAUGAAAUAUUUAAAAUUAAAUGUUCAAUAUAAAGGAUAUAGCAAAUAUGAUCCAUAUGCAAAUGCCGGUAUUAUCAAUGAAUUUUCAUCGGCUGCAUUCCGUUUUGGUCAUUCAUUAGUUAACAGUGUAUUUGCUGAAAUUUUACCAAAUGGCAAAACAACUGGUUAUCGUUUACGAGAAUUUUUUUUCAAUCCAUUCGGUUUCUAUGAAGGACAAUUAGAUGCUGUUUUACGUGGUCUAAUUAGUCAGGCAGCACAAAAUCGUGAUCCAUUUAUUACAACCGAUAUGAAAAAUCAUUUAUAUCGACCAAAAGAUAAUCCAUGGGGACUAGAUUUAGCUGCAUUCAAUAUUCAACGUGGUCGUGAUCAUGGUAUACGUGGUUAUCCUGAUUAUCUCAAAUUUUGUUUUGAUGAAAAAAUUGAAUAUUGGGAACAAUUGGAUCAAUAUAUGCCAGCAUCACAACGGAAAAAAUUCCAAAGUCUUUACAAAUCAAUCUAUGAUCUUGAUUUAUUUUCGGCCGGCUUAGCCGAAUAUCCAUUACCCGGUGCAGCUGUUGGACCAACAUUUACCUGUAUAAUUGGUAUUCAAUUCUAUAAUCUUAAAUAUGGUGAUAGAUUUUGGUUUGAACAUGGUUAUCAGGUCCAUUCAUUUACACCAGCUCAACUUCAUGAAAUACGUAAAAUAACAUUGGCCAAACUUAUCUGUGCCAAUUCUGAUGAUAUACAAUAUGUACAGAAAAAUGUAUUCCGCGGUGAAAGUGAAAGCAAUCCUGUUGUUGCAUGUAAAACACUUGAUGAUACACAUCUUGGACCAUGGAAAGGUGCACCAGCCGGUGAUUUAAAUGAAAAAUCACCAUCACCCGGUCAAUAUAAUCAUCAUCCACCACCACGACCACCACCGAAAUUUCAUUAUAAACCAAUGUACAAGUCUUCUGCCGCAGCCGCAGUGGUAGCAGCUUCUUCAUAAUCUAUUUUUUUCAAUCAUUUUUCAUUUGUUUUUUUUCUCUCUCACUCUAUCAUCAUCAUCAUCAUUCAUCAUCCUCAAUAGUCAAUCACAUUCGAAUCUUAUAAAAACGAAUG